GUUGAACAGAUCCAGCGCCAUAGUACUCGGGUCCCAAGUUAUGAUGACGAGUUACAAAAGUACUAGCUAGCAUGAGCGCCUUUGUUUGGUGUCACUCCAACAACAAACAAAAGCGGCUAAGUGAAUUUUGUAGAUUCUGGCCUAUCGAUAUGAAGAUAACUGUAAUUCUCGCGGGUAUCUUACUUUGAUCUAGGUCCGAAUUUCCCCCUAUACACGAUGUAACCUGUUAUGUACAAUAAUAACGUGGACAUACGUGAGUUUGUGAAACAAAAAUGGGACAUCGUGUGGCAUAAGUGACGCAUUCUAGUACAAACGAACGGUGUUUGGACGGAUCAAGUUCUUCGAGGUUGCCCCAGGCCAUGGCUUGCCCACCCCGGCUAUUAUGCGGCACCGUGAAAGCUAGGGCGGAGUUGUCUUGGGCAAUAUUUAAAUUGAUAGUGCUAAGCGGGUGACCUUACUUACCUCCAAUCUUCGGGUGCCACAACGUUGAACCAUGACAGCUACUAUCCUCGACCCUACUGCAAUCCCAAUCAUCGACUUUGCAUGCUUCGGGGAUGGAACUUCCCCAGAAGCGACAGAGAUAGGGAGGCAACUGGUGAAAGCGUGUCGAGAAGUUGGAUUCGCAUACUUCUGCAACACCGAUAUCCCUCAAACGGAGGUAGAGAGCAUGUUUGAAUGGAGCAGGGCGUUAUUUUCGCUUCCAAUCGAAACGAAGCUGCUGGCUCCGCAUCCCAAGGAGGGAUGGAAACACAGGGGAUAUAGCGGGGUAUGUUGUUCCAGGUUGCGAAGACCAGAUCGUAAUAAGUAUAUCUUGUUGACGAGUCGCGUUCAGGUUGGCAGAGAGCAAGUUUCACAAAUGGUAUUCGACCCAGCGCAACUCGCCAAAAUACGGAAACAUACUCCCGAUUUCAAAGAAUCCUUUGACAUCGCGCGCGAUUAUUUCCCGCGCAUAUCCAAUGUGUGGCUUCCAGAGCAAGUCCUUCCGGGUUUCAGAGAGACAGCAUGUAGUUUCUUUGACACAUGCCGUCACUUUGAGAUGGAGAAGCUGUUGCCUGCAUUGUCUCUAGGGCUUGAGCUCCCUGCUGCGCCUGCAGAGGUAUUCGCACGCGGUGAGAAAGGGAGAAUCGGUGCACACACAGAUUAUGGCAUGGGCACGAUUCUGUUCCAAGACGAUGUUGGGGGACUCGAAGUUGAAAGCCCUCGUGGAUCAGGAAACUUCGUUGCUGUAACCCCCAUUGCGGGAACGGUCAUCUUUAACAUAGGAGAUUUUUUGAUGCGGUGGUCAAAUGACACGCUCAAAUCAACACUGCACCGCGUUCGUGCACCCCCGAACGAUGGGACGGGAAUGGUCAAGGAGCGCUUCUCGAUCCCAUAUUUUAUGUCUGCUGACAGAGAUCUUUUGAUUGACUGCCUUCCUGGUUGUUGGAGUGAAGACAGACCUAAGAAGUACGAGCCUGUGACAGCAGGGGAGUACAUUGAUAUGCGACUCGAUGCUACGUAUUAGUGAAUGAUCUAGGUCAGCUAGCAACAUGGAAUGGCUUUGCACAUGUUGAAUGCAUCUUUAAACAUCUUUCUGGCA